UUUUCUUUAAUUAAAACGGUGCCGUUUUAUGAAUAGGAGGCGUUUAUAAACGUCUUCAAAUGCGUGUUAUCUCACGCGGGUCCUUUUUCAAAUUUGAGAAUCUCAACUCUCAAAUUGAACCGAUGCACUCGCAAAUACUCUCUCUCUCUCUCUCUCUCUCUCUCUCUCUCUCUCUCUUUCUCUCUUGUCUAAACCCUAAUUAUCACAGAGAUUCAGUUGCUUAUCAAUGGAAUCCUUAGAAAUCGAAGUUCUGUCUCGAAAUCGAAGUGAUUCAUCAGAGCGAUUUCGAAGUUCAUCUCGCGAUUUAGAUCAGUCUCAGCGAUUCAGAUCUCGAAAUCGAAGUUCAUAUCUCGAAAUUUUAAAAUUCAGAGUUCAUAUCGCUUCGCUUUCAUAUUGCGAUUCAAAUCUAAGUUCAUAUCACUUCGAUUUCGAUUUAGAUCUGAGUUCAUAUCACUUCGGUUUCGAUUCAGAUUGUGAUUCAGAUCUCAGCGAUUCAGAUCGGUCUCAGUGAUUCAUGUCUCAAAAUCGAAAUCGAAGGUCAUCUCAGCGAUUCAGAUCGAGGUUCAGAUCGAUCUCGGCGAUUCAGAUCGGUGAUUCAUCAGAGCGAUUUCGAAGUUCUCUCUCGAAAUCAAAAUCGAAAUCGAAGUUCAUCUCAACGAUUCAGAUUGGAAGAGAUAGAGCUUGGACUUUCCAAUAUGUUCAAAAGAUCCAUUUCAGAGACGACAUUAGAGCGAAUGUCUGGUUUGUUUGGAUCGUUUUCAAUUCUUCAACCAAAGGAGGGGAAAAAAAGUUACAGGCACAUUGCGUAGGCAAAGCAGUGGGGAAGAAGUUGGAUCAAGAAUGUUCUUUCAAUCCUUCAAAGCUUCAUCGAAAUGCUUCUGCCGCAGCUAAUAUGAAUAACCUUGCUUCACAAUCCUCUUCCGCAAAUCCAGUUCCUCUGAAGUGCACAAGUAGCUCUUUUGAUGAGAAGCUUCUUGUACAGAUACUUUACAAGGUCCUGUUUUCAAUAUCAAAAACCAAUCCGAUCGUGCUGUAUCUUAGGGAUAUUGAGAAGCUCCUUUUUAGGUCGCAAAGGAUAUAUAACUUGUUUCAAAAAAUGUUGAACAAACUGUCACGGCCAGUGUCGAUCCUUGGUUCACGAGUUGUGCAUGGAAACGACUAUGGACAAGUGGAUAAGAGGCUUACUGCUCUGUUCCCUUACAAUAUUGAAAUCAGGGAACCCGAAGACGAAACACAUCUUGUCAGCUGGAAGUCUCAACUUGAGGAGGAUAUGAAGAUGAUCCAAUAUCAGGACAACAAAAACCACAUUAUUGAAGUACUUGCAGCUAAUGACCUUGACUGUGAUGAUCUGGGUUCAAUCUGUGCAGCAGAUACGAUGGUUCUUGGUAACUAUAUAGAAGGAAUUGUAGUAUCUGCAGUCUCUUAUCAUUUGAUGAAUAACAAGGAUCCUGAAUACGGACACGGAAAGCUAGUUAUUUCAUCCUCAAGUUUGUCCCAUGGUUUGAGCACAUUCCAGGAAGGCAAGUCUUCUGGAAAGGAUACUUUAAAGUUAGAAGCGCAGACUGAACCUUCUAUGGAUGCACCAAAGGAUGAGGCUGUUGCUGUGAAGCCAGAAACAAAAGUUGGAAGCACAGUCCCUGAGGCAUCAGCUUCAACAGUGAAGGAUGCUGGUAACUCAGCGCCAGCAUCAAAAGCUCUGGAGAUUCCUCCUGACAAUGAAUUUGAGAAGCGCACAAGGCCAGAAGUCAUACCAGCUAGUGAGAUCGGUGUGACAUUCAAAGAUAUUGGUGCUUUGGAUGAUAUUGAGGAAUCUCUCCAAGAACUAGUGAUGCUACCUCUUCGAAGACCAGACCUAUUCAAGGGAGGCCUUUUAAAGCCACGCAGAGGAAUAUUGCUAUUUGGGCGCUGGGAAGACAAUGUUGGCAAAGGCCAUUGCCAACGAGGCUGGAGCAAGUUUCAUCAACGUGUCUAUGUCUACUAUCACUUCAAAAUGGUUUGGUGAAGAUAAGAAGAAUGUUCGUUUGUGGUUAAUGUUAAAACAUGAUUUUUGGAUAUAUGUUAGUUUGUGGUUAAUGUUAAAACAUGAUUUUUG